AUGGACACUACACUCUCCGCCGAGCUUUCCGCCUUCCGAGACUUCUGCACACGUGAGGGACACGCCAUAGUGACGAGUAUCGCUAGCGCAAACAUGCAUUCUUGGGACGCCCAGCAACACGACCAGAUUGAAGACUUUGCUAGACAAGUCUUCCAGGGCGCCAUGGAGCAGGUUUUCCUGCGAUGGCAGAGCAGACGUUCUGCCUCCAGCGAACCGACUGUCAUCAAUCAGCCCAUACUUCCUCCGACCCCACCUUCUACAUUUACCCAAGACAUGAACGAUAUGGGCAUUAACGACACUUUUACGAUGACUGACGACGAAUCUCUAUUACCGGUUCAACAAUAUGCCGAUCUGGACAUCGCAUGGUCAAACAGCCAAGUCCAACAGACUACAGCAGCUCAGCAGCAAUGGAUGUAUUUUGGAGACACGAUCUCAAUGGACCAGGAGCAACAAUAUUGGAACGAUCAUAGAGUUUUGGAUGGGAUGGGUGGAUGGUCUGGUUAA